ACAUUUCACUAGUCACAUGAUGUCAGCAUAAACCAAAUUAAAUGGAGGUAACAAACAUAGGUUUGAAAAUGAUGUUUUUAAUUCACAUGUUGAUAAUAAUGGCUACGAUGUCUACAAGCUACGCCGAAGAGUGCUUAUCAACAAACAGUCUCGAUGGUUCUGUUAUGCUUAAAACAGAUUGCGGAUCUCUUGAAGCAUCAUCUCAAGAUACAGAAUCACAAUCAAUAGAUUUUAAGUUACCAAUAUAUAUAUCAGAAGUAUCAUUAUAUCCAUCUUCAAUAAGCAAUGGCAACUCUGGUUCACUACCAUAUUCAUUGUCACAGCACGCUACAACUUUACCAGUGGCAAUGUCCACAGGGAUAUCAAUUCAAAUGAGUACACUACAGACAACUGACAGUUCAUUAACAUACAGCCCUGGUCCUGAUCAGGUAGAAACACAAACACAAAACCUGAUAGAAUCUACAGCAUUAUCGUCCAUAAUAGAAGGACUACUAUCAUCAAGACAUAAUUCAUCACCUAUAGAUUCAACUGUAAUAGAGCGUUCUUCGUCCAUAUUGGUAGUAAUAUCAUCAUCUUCGCCGACGUCAGUAAAAUUUGAUCCAAAAUUAAAAGAAUCACUAUCACCAUCUUCUACAUCUACGUCGACUCCAUUACCAACUGGUAUAAAAGAAACAGAGCAACAUUCAUCAUCGAUUAUAUCAGAAGUAAAAGAGUCAUCAUCGUCGAUAUCUGAAGUAAUAGAGUCAUCAUCAACCAUACCAGAAGUGACAGAGUCAUCUUCAACCAUACCGAGUGUAAACACGGUGUCAAUACGGAAUGUAUUAGAAGUUAUCAAGUCAUCAUCAACCAUACCAGGAGUGAUAGAGUCAUCAACCAUACCUGAAGAAGAUACAUCGCCAACACGGAAUGUAUUAGAAGUAAUAAUGUCUUCAUCAACCAUAACGGACGUAAUAGAGUCGUCUUCAACCAUACCGGUCGUAAAAGUGUUAUCAUCAACCAUACCGGAAGAAGUAGACACGUCAUCUGUGUCUUGGUCACCGAUAUUUGUGUCAACAGUAACGUCAACAACCGGACCAUCAUUACCUAGGUCGUAUACAUUAACCAUGACAGUAAAUACCACGCGUUUCGAACUAACGACAGCUAAGUCAACAGUAUUGUCAACAACCGGGGCAUCAUUACCUAUAUCGGAUACACCAACCAUGACAGUAAAUAUGACGCGUUUCGAACUAACGACAGCUACUUUAACAGUAUCGUCAACAACAGCUUUCUUACUAACAACAAUCGCUAUGUCAAAUGUUUUAGUAACACACGGAUCUGUAUUACCACGGACUGCUUCACAAACCACCAUACCAACAAGCGGAACUGUAUUACCAAUGACUGCUACACAAACCAUCUUAGCAACAAGUGGACCGCUGUUAACCACUUCAACAGCAUCGAUAGAUACCGCGCACUUUGUACCAAUAGGGUAUACCUCAACGAUGUUACCACCAACAAAAGAUACCCCAAAGCCUUCACCAACAGCAGGACCUUUAUCAACAGUUAUGCCAACUGUGUCUGCAACAACAAUGCUAUUGAUAUCAUCGACAGAUACGCCAAAUUCUGUAGAUGCAGUUCUUGUUGCCUCAACGACACCUACGCCAACAGCACUGACAGAUACCACGCGUUUUAUACCGACAGCUAUGCCAGCGUCUGGAUCAAUAAUGCCGUCAAUUGCCGAUACAUCAACAGUGUCGCCAGAUAAAGAUCUUAUUGUCCCAACGGCCCCCACGCCAGCAUUCACAUCGCCAACCGAAUUAUUAAUGCCAAUAACUACAUUAUCAGCGCCUUUAUUACUAACUAUAGCUUCGCCAACAACAUCACAAUCGAUAGAUAUCCCAACCAUGUCAGCUACAAGUGAAUCUUUAUCACCAAUGAUAGCAAUACCAAAGCUGUCAGACACCAAUGAGCCUAUAUUACUAACGACAGCCACGCUAACCGUCUCGUCGCUAACCGGACUUUUAUCACCAACAGAUUCAGUAACAGGCAGAUCCACAUUACUAACGAUAGCCACGUCCACAAUGUUAUCACCAACCUCAAACAUUUUAGAAACAAACGAAACAGUAUUACCAAUAAUGAUUACGUCUACAUCUGCAUCAACACCAUCAACGGAUACCAAUGGUUUUGUACCAACAAUAUCUACGUCAACAGUACCGACCACACACGCAUCAUUGUUUGCAACCAUAGAUAAAUUAACAAUACUCACCCCUUCAUCACCUAUAGCAGCUACAUCCGUAACAUCGGCACCAAACGGAACGCUAUUACCAGGUGCGUCAACCACGAUAACAACAAGCGGAAAUUUAUCAACAACACCAACAGUCACUGUAGAUACCAGUCGUUUUGUACUACCAAUAGCUACGUUAACAACCCGAUCUUUAUUAUUAACGACAGCGGCGUCGAGAGAUUUAGCAUCAAACGAAACUAUCAUACCAACGAUUGUAACGUCAAUCAUGUUAGCAUCAAGCCGUUAUAUACCACCGGCAGCCACGCCGACAGUUUCAGCAACAAGUGAACCAAUAUUACCAACGAUUGUACCGUCAACCAUGUUAGCAACAAGCCAUUAUGUACCACCGGUUGCCACGCCGACAGCAACAAUAUUACCAACGAUUGUAACGUCAACCAUGUUAGCAUCAAGCCGUUAUGCACCACCGGCAGCCACGCCGACAGCAACAAGUGAACCAAUAUUACCAACAACUGUAACGUCAACCAUGUUAGCAUCAAGCCGUUAUGCACCACCGGCAUCUACGCCGACAGUUUCAGCAACAAGCGAAACUAUAAUAGCAACGAUUGUAACGUCAACCAUGUUAGCAACAAGUGAACCCGUAUCAACACCGGUAACCACACCAGCAUCAUCGGCAGAUACCGUGCGUUUUGUAACAACAACAGUUGCGUCAACAGUGUCAGCACCAACUGAUGUUGUAUUAUCACCAAUUGCUACACUAAAUGUAUCAGUCACAGCCGGGUCAUUAUCACACGCCAUGGCUAUGUCAACAGUGCCUGGGUCACUCGAGUCAGUAUUACCAACGCAAUAUACCCCGUCUGUCUCUACAGAUACAGUAUCAAUGAUACCUACACCUUCAACAUUGGACUCAAAUCCCACGAUAAUCAGUUCGUCGACCAAACCUCCCAAUUCAAUAAAUCCCACGCCGUCUACAACAGCAUUAAUGUCAAGCCAAACAAUAGAAUCAGAGUCCACAAUAAUCAGUUCAUCGACUGAGACCAUGUUGAACGCUACCAAACCUGAAGCAAGAACCGGAGGUUCUUUUUUAUCUACAUCAGUUAUUGCCAUCAUCUGUGGAGUUAUUGGAGCAGUUACCGUUUUAAUUAUCAUCAUUAUUCUUAUUAUAUGCUUAUUGAAACGACGGAAACGAAAAGGAUUAUAUACUCGUGACUCGAUAUUCUUAUUUAACAACGAGCCUCGCUUUAGCAUUCCAUCCGUGCCAAUGAACGAUGAACCCUACAUAAGUUCACCAAUACCUAUCAACAACAAUGAACUUGAAGCAGAAACUGAUAUUGAUAAUAAAUCCACCAUGCCUUCGGGCGAUGGUCAAAAUGGUAGGCCUAUGUCUACUUUUGGUAGAAAAUCCGCACAUAUAAAAGAGGAUAUCACAACAGAAGUUCCUGCCGUGACUGAAGGUGAUCAACAGAAACCAGCCCCCGACCUAGAGCAAUCGGAACCAAGCGUCAAUGGCUUUCCCCCUUCAGAUACUAAUGAUUUAAUUGACUUAUUUUCUGAACCGGAUUUGUUAAGUCCCUAUGAUAGCCCUUGGAUUGAUCAGGAUGUGUUUUCCGUUCCACCUGACACGAACGAUCCAGAUACCAAUGUUACUGAUCAAAAUGAGAUAUAUGUGUAAUACUAGCGGGUGAUCUGGUGCUGCAUGGGCUGAAACUAGUAGUAUAGAUUAUAGGCUAAGUUAACAACACAGAUGUCUCUAAAAACUUUACACAUAAUCAACCAGUCUUGCCGCUUAAAGUACGCCCAAAUGUUGUCCCGUUCUUGUGCUACUUCGAGAAUCGUUUACUUGUAUAUUUAGAUACGAGAUUUACCUAUCUUCUUGCUGCUCCGACCACACUGUUCUGGUCGUUAUUUUCUCUUGUGUCUUUGGUGCGGCGGGAUCUACUAGAAACAUGAAUCCAUCGGUUUAACGUCCACGUCCACCUUUGGGGAUAUCACAGCGAUUUCUAUUAUGAGUGUCAUUAUAUACUUUUCAAAAAAAGUAGGGGAUAUUCCGAAACAAUACAAAACUGCGGAAAUGCAUUGCUGUUUUUAUUAGAAGUAACCAGUAUAUGUUCAUAUGGGCGGCUUAUCUCACAGCGCCAUUUCACUCGCAAAGAGUUACACCGUCAAAAGUGAAAAUGAACGUGUUUGAUUUUUGUCUUAAUAUUGAGUAAUUGCCCACCAAACCUCAGACAUUCAGCACUUCGUCGUGGCAUGCCCCAAAUCACCCCCCCCCCCCAUCACGAUUUGGGGCAAUCUGACUCACCCCCUUGCAGUGCCAGGGCCUAUUCUUACAAUGUUGUCGGUUGACGUCCACGAACACAUCUCCCGAUCAAAUUAAACGUGACACACUAAAGCAGAGAUACGCUAAACAGUAAAUCUUAUGCAAGAACCGAUAGGAAAGCAAGCAUGGAUAGAUAAACCAGCACGCGGCAGUUUUCAUCAACCCUUCCUUUAAGUGACAAAUUUGACAAUGAACCCCUCCCACGUGUAUGACGCUAUUGUGUGUCGCAUGUGCAGCUCAGUGGUUCUGUUGGGGCGAUAAAUUCUUCAUCUGUGAACAUACUCUCAAAGCAUGUCAAGUGUCCAUGACUAUUUAUCAUAUCACAACCUGCAUAGGUAUUUCCAUUUCAAUAUCCCCUACUUUUUUGAAGAGUAUAUAUACAUUCCCUGGAAACGAGUUUUUAUUAUCGACAUUUCUACUUUGGUUAAAUAAAAACAAAGUGCUAAAUCUACACAAUGCACAACGUGCUCUAGAAAACACAUUGACCUUGAUAAUUUUGUGCAUUAUCGAAUUAUAUUCAGUCAUCGUUUAAAGCAUCCAUUUUCAUUAUCACUUCACUUAGGCUGCUGUUUUCAUCUGUUGCAUAAUAUACCGAAUUUGUUGCUUUGUAAAUUAUGAAUUGCUACUGUUAUACUGUUAUUGUAAAAAUACACUGUAAAAAAAUAUAUACAUCGAAAUGAAAUGAAAUGAAAUGGAGUUUAACGUCCUACUGUUCUGCUCCGAGCUGGGCUAAUGAAGGCGGGCAUACCCCAUACAGUUUGCUAUGAGGGACAUUUUGCCCGGGCAGCGGCACUACGGCGUACUCUUAUAUCGAAUUCCAACUGUCAAGGGAUGAACCUUCUCGGCCAACGCAGGGAUCGAAGACCUGACCUCCAGGCUAGUGAGCCAGCGUCUUACCCACUUAGCUACCGUGACCCCCACCCCAUAUGAAUCGAGUUAUUUGAUAAGUGUAUAUAGCAUGGGAGAGAGAGAGAGAGAGAGAGAGAUUAGCGUCCACAAACUAGGUUAUUUUGGGACUAACACAGUUCAAUUUCAAUUCAAUAAUAGGGGUAUUUUGCUAUGGGAGGAAUCCAAGGUCAAAGGAGACUAACGUCUUGUUACGUAGCAGUGGGGAAUCGAAACCACGCCACUUGACUCAAUGACAAUCCUUAUGAUACAACGCGCACGCGUUAACCAUUCGGUCUACCAACCUACGUAUAUAGAAUUACAACGCCCUGCGCGUGAUAUAAAAUAUAAUGUUAAGGUCCCGGUGUGACAUUUUGCCAUUUUAGAGGAUCGCCUUGCAAACUACAGUAUUGUGAAUGAUGAAUCUGUAACAGGGCUAUCACAGUCCAGAAAUGGUUCAAUUCCAUUCAGUAUUUAUAAGAAUAUGUGGAACUGAAAUCCAAUCGAUCUAUACGACUUCACAAUGUAAUAAACCUGCCGUCAUUUUCCUAUCCGCAAAACUUUAUCGAUUUGUAGGCCCUUUUUUCUUAAAAAAAAAUCCGAUUGAAUCCAGCCCAGGACAUUAUUUAGUGAUAGUAUUGUGUUUCGUAAUUACAUGCUAAAUAAUCAAUCUGAGUACAACUAUGCCUCGAGAGUAGUUUACCCGAAACAUAUAGGAUGUUUAUCAAGAAAUCUGACAUCUAUUGUGUCGCGGAAAGCUGAAUAUAUUUACUACCAGCGGGUCCUCCGGUUUCCUCCCACUGCUACAGACCCCACGCACAAGCGAAUUAUGGAAAUAAAAUUGAACACCAUAUGUUAAUCCCGAAAUGACCUAGUUUGUGUCGAGUGGAC